UGAGAUUUUAAUUCUUUCCCAGUUAAACAUUGAAAUCGAGAUGAAGAAGAUGGAUCAGGUAAAUGAGAAUUGCGGCAACGCCAACACUACGGACGCCAGCAGUGAUACACUAGAUAAUGUGUUAUCAAAAAUUGGUUUCGGAAAAUUCAAUUAUGUCGUUAUCGCCCUGGCCGGCAUCACAUUGGCCUGUGUUUUUCUCGAGACCGUUACCAUAAAUGUAAUUUUACCUCUUGCACAAUGUGACUUGGACAUGACUACUCAAGACAAGAGUAUUUUGAGUUCGAUCGGAUUCGUCGGUAUAAUUCUGUCGUCGCAUUUGUGGGGUUUUUUGGCGGAUACAAGAGGACGAAAAAAGGUGAUCGUUCCGACGCUGUUCAUAGCGUCAUUCUUAUCGCUAGUAUCGAGUAUCGCAACAUCAUUUUGGUUAUUGUUGCUUUUGAGAUUUUUGAACGGAGUAUUCAUUUCCGGUCCGUCAGCAACAGUGUAUGCGUAUGUGGGUGAAUUUCACUCUGUUGAAAUGAGAUCUAGAGCACUGAUGUACGUCUCUGCCGUCCUCGGGCUGGCAUGCUACUGGUAUCCAGGCACUGCUAGCUGGAUCCUGAAUCAAGAAUGGUCUCAUUACUUUGCAGCCUUGGAUAUAACGCUCAAGCCAUGGAGAUUGUUUAUCAUCAUUGCAACCUUACCGACCAUCGUUUGUGCAAUCUGUCUGUUGAUCUUCGUACCCGAGUCACCGAAAUACACUUUCGCUCAGGGCGACGAAGCAGAAACUUUGAGUAUUCUGCAGCUGGCCUACCGAAAAAAUAAGGGGAAUUCUUUCCAUUUAAAAAUCAAGUCACUCACCAAGGACGACGAAUUCGGUGUCGGAUUGAAAGAACGAAAUCAAAAUGUAUUUGAAUUUAUGUGGAAUCAAACGAAACCGCUGUUUCAGCAUCCUCACCUGAAGAACACUUUACGCGCUUGUUUUAUUCAAUUUUCCAUAUUCAGUUCGACUAACGGAUUCUGGACUUUUUUCCCAGAAAUUGCUAAUGGAAUCGGUAUAUGGAGAUAUGAUGGUGACCAGCCGGCGACAAUUUGUGAGAUUUACAAUGCAACUCGGUCAUUGCAAGUGAAUUCCAACGUAUCCCUUGCAAGCAAUCAAUGUCUGACUAAAUUGGAACCCUCAACUUUUAUCAAUAUUUUGGUGGAGCAUACGAUUUAUGCUGUGGGAUGGAUCAUAUUGGCGGUGAUUAUCAACAAAAUUGGAAAAUUAAUUGCAAUCAAUUCGAUAUUUACAAUUUGCACGAUUUCCGCUAUCACACUGAUUUUUUCAAAAAGUUCACUGCUCUCAAACAUUUCCUAUGUUACGGUAAUGGCCGUUGGACUCACCAUCACAGUUGUCAGUGCAUCGACAGCCGAACUUUGUCCAACUCAAUACAGGGCAAUGGCAUUAUGCCUCUCGUUAAUGGUUGGUCGACUCGGAGGAGUUUGUGGAUCGCUGUUCAUCGGAUUUUUAAUGGAUCAUUAUUGCACUUACAUAUUUUUGAUGCCAGCGGUUUUGUUAGCUAUAAGUGCAUGUCUUACGUUUACCAUUCCGAAUAUUGGUAACAUUGAUUGACAAGGAAUGUAGCGACGAAUCUUACUAUAAGAUAGGUUUUGUAUAAAUAAGUUUUUUAUGUGACAAAUACGAGUCUUUAAAUAAAACAACUCAA